AUGGCGAAUCCACAAAGUCUUCGAGAUGCCGCAGCUUCUGUCGCGGACAAUUUACGACUUAAAAUUCGUCACCGAUCACAUCCCCAUUAUCCCUGGCUAUUCCUACCUCGGGAUAAGGAAGAAAUAAAUACCAUUCUGAAUCUAUGGCUCCAGGAGGGAAGUCUCGAUGCCGUAACCCAGAAAACUGGAAAAUCAUUCAAAGAAAACCCUCGAGAAAAUAUAUCCGACGCUUAUCCGAUCCUCUGGGCUGAUAGACCACUUGCGACCGGAGUUUUGCAAACUCCAUUUCCUGGCAAGACCUUGGUCAUUAUUGCCCUUGAAGACUUGGACGAUCAGAACGGCUUGCCUACCAAUAUUACCAAGAUAUCUUGUGGAAGCUUUGCUGUGCACUCAGGAGAUGAGGAUCUUAAAUUCAAAAAACAAGGUGGAGGUUUGGCAUUUUUCGUAUUGUUGGACUGA